AUGACGGCUGUGGGGCCUGAUAUUAACAUCGGCGGAAAAGGUCUGGCUGUGAUCUGGGCUCUCAAUGCUGUCUCAAUCACUAUUGUUAUCGCAAGGUGCAUGACACAAAGAUUCAUCACCCGUCAACUAGGACUCAGUGAUGCCUUGGUCGUUGUAUCAAUGUGUACCAUUUCUUCCAUGGCAGCUUUGAUCACAGUCCAAUAUCACUAUGGCUGGGGACGACAUUACGCAUAUCUCGAUCCAUUUGAUAGGAUUGAGGCAAUGAAAUAUAACGCAAUUGGGCAAUCUUUUGGCGUCAUGGGCUCAACUUUUGGUCGGAUGUCCUUCAUUAUCCUCAUGCUACAGCUAUUUGGAACUUCUAAAUUGAAGCACGCAGCUCUAUGGACACUAUUUUGGGUGCAAUUCAUUCCAAAUUGUAUUGUUGUCGUCACAUUGUACGUUCAAUGUAAUGACAUUCAAGCUUUGUGGGGCACAUCGAUUGUGUCUUCAUGCUGGCCUGAGUCUUAUCAAACCUAUAUUGGCUACGCACAUACGGGUUGGAACGGCCUCACGGAUCUCUUUUUGACUUGUCUACCGGCAACAAUGUUGUGGAGUUCACAAAUGAAUCGUCGUACGAAAUUUGGCUUGGUAUUUUUGCUCAACCUAAGUUUACUCGCCUUUGUGGGAGUUAUCAUGAAGAUUGUGUAUAUUGGCGUACUUGCCGACCGAGGAGAUUAUACCUAUAAUACAGUCCCAUUCUUCAUUUGGGUACAAGUCGAAUCCAAUCUCGUCGUGAUCGCUUCUUCGGUUCCACUCCUCCGUCCACUCUUUGUACGUCUUAGGUCCGGCGAUUUCACCACCCGCAAUGGCUCUACGGCUCCUACAUUCGAGAUGUCAGGCUAUAGUAAUAAGAGGAAAUCAAUCCAGAAUAAUCAUGUGUUUAGUGAGAUAAGCGAUGAUGAUUUGGGGCUGAAGGAUUCAAAAGAUGGGAUGCCGAUAGAUGAUAAGGGAAGCGAAGAUCAUAUUUUACCGAUACAAGGAGAGAAGGAAAGGGUUUUGGAACCGUGGGUGGUGAAAAAAGAAGUUAGCUAUAGUGUCAGGGUUGAGGAGACAGGGGACGAGGAUAUCGAGAAGGGAGAGUCGGAGAGGGAGAGAAGGAGAAAUCAUACAUUCACCAUGCCGAAAAGAGCGAGUAAAUGGAGUAUGAGUAUUCUGAGCAAUGUUUCUAUGGCGUGA